AUGGCCGCCAUCGCAGGCGCCCCCGAGCCUCCCGAGCCACGGCCCGGAGUGGGGGUCGGCGUCGUGGUUCUGAGUUCCAGGCAUCCCGGUGAGACCUGGGAAGAAUGUGCUCAAAGGGAAACCUGGGAAGAAACUGCUCUUCGCCUAAAAAAUGUCCGCUUUGCCUCUGUGGUAAAUUCUUUUGUUGAGAAAGAGAAUUACCAUUAUGUCACCAUAUUAAUGAAAGGAGAAGUAGACACAACUCAUGAUUCAGAACCAAAGAAUGUAGAACCUGAAAAAAAUGAAAGUUGGGAGUGGUUCCCUUGGGAUGAAUUUCCUCCACUAGACCAGCUCUUCUGGGCACUCCAGUGUUUAAAAGAGCAAGGUUACAAUCCAUUUAAUGAAGAACUGAACCACCUAAAAGGGUACAAAGGAAUCAUCUCUAAGUGA